CUCUGUUGACGUAAAAAUUGACGUAAAACUGUCGUGAAGCCUCAUUUCACAGCAGCGUUUGUCGAAAUUUUGCAUUGGGCUUGAUAACAAACAUUAAGCUCGUUACGAGAGUCUUCAAUCUUGUCCGAUUUCCAGGUGGAAGUCAUCGAGACACGUGUGAAGAUGAGGAAGCGACCAAACAUUCUGUUAACAGGAACCCCUGGUGUUGGCAAGACCACUCUAGGAAAGGAGUUGGCUCAGCGGACAGGGCUGACCUAUGUUAACAUUGGAGAUCUGGCCCAGGAAGGUCAGCUUUAUGAUGGUUAUGAUGAAGAGUACCAGUGCCCUAUUUUGGAUGAAGAUAGGGUGGUGGAUGAGCUGGAUGAGAAAAUGGUAGAAGGUGGUGUGAUUGUUGACUAUCAUGGCUGUGAUCUAUUCCCUGAACGCUGGUUCCACAUUGUCUUUGUCCUCCGCACUGACAACACCCAACUGUACACUCGGCUAGAGAGCAGGGGUUACACAGGAAAGAAGCUGCAGGACAAUGUGCAGUGUGAAAUCUUCCAGACAAUCUACGAAGAGGCCACAGAGGCCUACAAUGAGGAGAUUGUCCAUCAACUCCCGAGCAACACUCCGGAUGACCUGGAGCGCAACCUGGAACAGAUCGUGCAGUGGACUGAACAGUGGACGAAGGACCAUAACUAAGAGCCAAACUCUACCACGUUAACAAAUAUUAUGGACAAUUAAACCUGAAUUCUAGUUCUUUUUGAAUCUUCACUUAGCUGUCAUGAACACUGAUAUGUUCAAAAUAUAAUAAUUUUCUUCACUGACCUAUUUUACGUGCCAUUAAUUUGUCGGGGUGGCUGUUGAAACUUUAAAGUAGUUGAAAGUAAGAAACACUGGCACAUAAUUCUAAUAAUCCAUUGUGUGAUUUUUAAUUUGUGUCAAGUAAAGCACUUUCAAUGCCAAGAUCAUAUUAAACCUACACAAUUGAUCAAAUAUUAGUCACAAUCUGGCUUACCAGAACUUAAUAAAUGUGAUUGACUGUGAUACUGACAUUGAAAAUGCUCAGUUUAGUCCAUGUAGAUAAAAUCACUUGAGUUCAGCUUGGGUAAAUUUGAAAACAGAGCGCCUUAUUUCACUCAAGUACUUUUUUGGUCACACACCUCUUUAUGGUUCUACAGUAACUUAGUGAAGGCUAUAGAGGCUUCUCUGUACACAGCCACACAGCAAGCCUUUGUGUGAGGCAUUUAGGGAACGCUGGAAAUUGUAGUGCCUAUCAACCAGCAGAUGUUCGUUUUAGGUACAGUUACAUUUAUAUUCAGCCUCUAGGAGAUGCUCUGAAUUCAGGUGAAGGUUAAGUCUCAAUUCGAUGCUGAUGUGGACAUUACUAGAUAUGUAGCACAAUAUGGAAGUGAAAGCAGUGCUCUGUUUAUUUCAAAUUACAAAUGUAAUUAAAAUCAAAUACUCAUGAUCUUAAUACUGAUCAAAAACAAUUGUGAUUAUUAUAUUAUUAAUUGUGCAGGUUUCUCCUAGUGGUGUUUUUGCAGUAAGGCUACAUAUCAAACCUCCCUGACAAACUAACACGUGUGAUGUCAUCCCAUUUUAAGUUGUAAUCAAAAGUUGCUGAUGUUUGAUGUCUUCUUUCUGAGGCAGUUUAAGUGGCUAAAAAGAAAGUUGCACUAAAGAAAAUGUUACACGGCACACCCACGAAUAACCAUUUUGAUUAUGUUUAAAAUGAAGCAUCUAUCAAGUCUUUGCAGGGUUUCUGAUGAUAAUGCAAGAACCAAAUGAGCAUAUAAUAGUUAUGUUUAAAAUUACAGUUGGAGUUAAAUCUCAUUCUGUGAUUUUUUUUUAAGCUUGUUUCUAUUCAGAAAAUAUGCUAAGGGACAGUAGUAGGAGCUGACACCCACGCCUGAUCAAAUUUAUGGUAUUUUAAUGUGCAUCUCAUAUCUACAUUUUGAAAUAUCCCAUAUAUGAUUUUUUUUUUUUUUUUUAAUUUAAACAAGGUUUGCAUUUGAGAGCUCUGGCUUUUGUGGAUUAUACACCCAUCCCUUGUUUAUUUGUUUAUUGGUUUGUUUUCUUUUGUCCCAUACUGUCAAACUAUCUUCAAUGGUGUAACCACAAACAUUACAGCAUAUAUUGUGGACUUAAGGAUUUUUUGUUCCGUUUUUUGCUUGCUUGUAUUUUUGCCUUGUGUCUAAAGUUUUGCCACUCAACUGAAAAUAAAGAUUGCAAUACCA